CAGGGAGUAGCCGUAUUCAAUUGCAGUGUAGAUAACUAAGAAAAGUGAACUUCAUAACAUCAACAUCAUACUUCAUUGGGUUUUGCCAGUGUCAACAAUGAUUGAUAGCAGAUAUCUGUGGACUGUGUGUAUAGUUUUAACACUAUUUUAUCAGACAAAUUGUGAAUGUCCAAAAAUAUAUAAUCGUUUUGAAUGGAGCGCUCGAAAAGCAAUAACCAGCAAACAGUUAAUGGAAAAUCCUCCACCGUAUGUGGUUGUCCAUCAGUCGGAAUUUGGCUCAUGUUUUUCAGUUCAAAAUUGUUCAAAACUUGUAAGAAGAAUCCAAGCUUAUCAUAUAGAUCACAAUGGAUUGAAUGAUGUUAAAUUUAACUUUUUGAUUGGAGGUGAUGGAACUAUCUACGAAGGUAGAGGAUAUGGUAUACAUGGUGCGCAUGCCAUGUCAUAUAACACAAGAAGCUUAGGGGUUUGCCUUUUAGGAAAUUUUAAAGAUGUAAAUCCUCCUGACGUGCAACUGAAAGCAUUGAAAGAUUUUUUGUCUUGUGCAGCAGCUGAUAAUAGAAUUACUGCAGAUUACCACCUAAUCGGACAUCGACAAGUUGAUAAAACAGAAUGUCCUGGGGAGCGACUGCAAACAGUUAUCGAAAAAUGGACUCAUUUUGAAUCCAAUCCACCAGAUUCUUCCCAAAAUAAACUGUAUUAACUUUGUUGUAUUUACAACAAAGUUCCUUUUUCUUACGGAAUACAUACCUCCGUGUCGCAAUGUUUUUAGAUUGCAAUAAUUAUUAAUCAAUGUAAACGUUCAAAAGGCUUUAUAUAUUCGCACUUUAUUAAAAAAUAAAUCAUUAUUUUCUU